AUGACCAAGCUUGGCCGACUUUCGAACCACGAUUUAAACCACACAGUGGACAUCAUCGCCAGCGUGCUGCAGAGGAAGCCAACCCACAGCGCAGCCUUUCUGGUGGCCCCUCACCUACCCUCAGAGAAGGUAGUGGGGGGACUACGGGGUGAGCGGAGGCGGGUUGAAGACAAGUGUGACAUGAAAGGGCUGAUGUCAACAUUGCUGAGCAUCAAAAUGGAACCACCACCCACGAGCAAGCGGGUGCCCAUGAUCUUUUACGCCUACCUCAUUGUGGAGGAGGCCACCUCUGCGGACAACAUUUUUGGUGAAUGCAGCCUUAUGACUGACAGGAGCCCCAGGGCCUCUUUGCCAUGGACAUCCGAGAGCUCGUACAUCGUGCCUGUUGCAGAACGUGAUUCUUUGCCACACGCAGCGGAAGGGUCACGGUCUUAUUCAGACGUUCAAGAGACUGCACAGCUCUUGGCCGGCAGGGACUUCCCCACCAGCAUCCUCCAGGCAGUCCGCCAACUGUAUGCAAGGGACGUGGUAUUUGGACCAGAUUGGGCAGGGAUACUUCAGGACUUCGACAAGAGGUUUGGCCUCCAAGCUUCAGCUCCGAUCGUUGCAGCACCACCACCUCCGGAGACACGGAAAGAGCCAGACGUAUUGCCCUGGGACGGGGAACCCGAAACGAUUGCACAGCUGCUCGAAGCGUAUGUGGUUGAGGCAGCUCACAGCGAUGUUACCAUCCGUGACGACGAGUAUCUUAUUGCACAUGGGGCUUCGAAGUGGAUCAAGCCGGAGAAGGUUGCUGAUUUGAAAAGGAAGGGCAACACAGGCCUGCGCAGUUGGAGUCACCAGUUGGAAUGCACAUUAUGCUGA